UUUUUCUGUAGCCUCAUUUUAUGUUUUUUUUUUUAAAUAUGUAAAGUCUUGAAGGAAAAGAGUGGAGAUAGUAUUUAAUAGUUUUUUUUCUUUAUUGAAUGUACAGUGUGCAAUUAACGCAAUCAAACUAAGAGAAACUAAACUAAACUGUUUACAUAUCAUAUAAAUUGUGAUUCACUAGAUUUUUUUGCUGGCAAACUUACAAAUUCAAAAGAGCGCGAAGGAUAGAUAGUGGACACAGGAGAGAGGAAACUGUGUGUGUUGAGGUUGUGACACAUUGCACCAAACAAAACACUGAAAAUAGCAGGAAAACACCAGACAGGCUUGUGUGAGGAAGAGGAGUCAGUGGAGCACGUAGAGAGAGACGAUGAGGAAUAAUCUGAGAGAAUUAGGGGUGCAGGAACUCAGAUUAAAAGGAUUAUACUGAGCAUGAGUGAUGGAGCACAGGGUACUGAGUACUGUCAGCUUUCUUAAGGGAUGCAGGGUUUUUUUUUAUAUGAUAUGAUGGAUAAGACGGAGAGGGUGCUACGGUGGCCGACAUGGAUAAAUUUUAUAUGAGGACUACGAUGUAACAUGGAGGAUAAAAUGUAGCUGAGGGUGUUUGUGAAGGGUUUUUUCUAAUUUUGAAGGGAUUUAGAUUGUAAAUCUGUUGUCUUAUCGACACUCCGGAGCAGAAGGUGGCGGUAAGCGCCAAUGAGCUGAAUGCAAACCGCCGUAUUAUUAUUAGAAGAAGAAGAAGUUGAAACGUCUGCGUCAUCAACGGCGCGACGGCUCCAAAAAGAGAGCGGCAGUGAGGCGUAAACAUUAGCAAACUUUGCAAAUAACAACAGGCUUAAAUAACAGUGAUAAAUAAAGUCUGUAGAGGGAAUUUACAGGUUAUUUGCACACAGCGGAAGCGCCUGUAAGUUGGGUGUGAGUGUGCAGGAGCGGCAGCGGGGAUCUGAUGGAGGAGCUGCCGCAGCUGCCGCCUGAACUUUGGGUUUAUGUGUUCAGCUUCCUGAGCACCGAGGAGCGGCACGCGGUCCGCAGCUGCUGCCGCUCCCUGAAGGAGCUCAUCGACCAUCCGCCUCUGUGGAGGGAGCACACGGUGUUGCUGUCCAACCUCCGCCGCUACACCUACGGCUUCUGGGACACGCUGAACCGCCGCAGGCUGACCCGGGUAGCGGUGCGGCACCUGCGGCGCAAAGAGUGGCGGCGGCUCGUUACGUUCCUGCCGUCGCUCACCGCAGUCGUGUUCGUGGACGGCGGCCGGCAGUAUAAGCAGAAGUACCUGGACAACCUGGCGCGGUUCCCCGAGCUGAAGGACCUCGGGGUGCGGAACGCCACCUGGGACGAGCCCAUGCUGAGUCCGGGUCUGACCGAGCAGCUGCGGGACCGGUUGACGCACCUGAGCGUGUGUAACGUGCGGCUGCCGUGCACGGUGCAGUUCAUCCGCGCCGUGUCGCACCUGGUCAACCUGCGGCACCUGCUGUUCCAUCAGCAGGGGGAGGGCUACGGGCUGGACACGGUGCGGCCGGUGCCCCGAGAGGUUUUCCAUCAUCUGCUGCUGAACCUGAAGAAGCUCAGACACCUGUCCUGGGGGAUGAGGGGGGAGCCGCGGGAACCGCUGCCCGACGACUACAUGAGCCCCCCGGACCCGGAGCAGCCAGGAACGUACGGCGGCCCGGCGCUGACCAGUCUGGAGCUGGUGGAUUACCCAGAAACCAUCCUGCCUGAGAACGCUCUGAGGAGCCUGACCUCGCUCAGGUCGCUCACCGUCCGCUACAGGUACAUCAGAGAGGGUCUGGAGUGUCGCCUCGGGUCCUGGCUGAGUCCUCUGAACCAGCUGGAAACUCUCACCAUCAUCGGUGGAAACUCUCUCGCUGCGUACACGACCACCAUCCCAUCCAGUGUGACCAGGCUGACGCUGCGUGUCGCCAUCACGCUGAAGGACAUGGACUCCAUCGCGCCUAAAGUCCCGGCGCUCGAGCACCUGGACAUCGAGCAGAACCGCUCCAGCGGCAGCCUCUGCAGACGAAUCCCCAUGUUGUUCCCUCAACUCAGGACGCUCAGGAUACGCUUUUUCCGUCGGGAGCCGGAGAAAGACCUGCUAAGCCUCCACCGGCUGCGUCACCUGGUGCAGCUGGAGCUGCUGGUGGAGCGUUCGUUCAUCCUGAGGGACUACCUGAACGGUCACCCUUGGCCCAGCCCCGGCGUUCAGGAGCUGAUCAACCAGCUGCGAGAGCUGUCCGAAAACAGAAUCAACGUCAUCACUACAAUGCGCCAGAGAAACCCGCUACGGGAGUGUGACUGCGUGUGGGAGGGGGACUGAGGGAGGCAGGGAGGGAGGGAGUCCAACUGUACACCGGGAAAGUAUUUAUUUCCUCCUGAAGUGAGAAGAGGACGGAGUCACGAGUCGGGAACAGACGUAGAGAUUUGCUGUUGUUGAUGACAAGCGGUGCCACCUGUUUUCUGAGGGAAAAGGUAUCAAGGCAGACGUCUAAAUAAGGCGCAGUGAAGGUUUAAAAUCCAGAAUCUUAUAAAAGAUCCUGAACAAAAUUAUUAUUGGAUGUUAAACCUGAGACUCGACUUCCAGGUUUUGCUCCGGAAGUAAGAAAACGUCAUUCGAAAACACAUUUCUAAGUAAAAAUGCAGCUUUGGAGCAGAACCCUCCUCUGCAGUAUGUCACGUGACUCGCUUCAUGUGUUUAGAUAAAGAUGGGAGCAUCUAAUGUCGUAGUUUAUUCAAUAUUUGGUUUUUUUUAGCUACUGUUAACAAAGAUUGUUCCCAGUAAGUCCUAGAGGUUCGCGGGCUAAACGUCACGGCUCGACCGAGGAGACGAGUCCAUGAGCGAGUUCAGACACGUGUGUAAUAACAGCAGGACGGAGAGGAGCUGUACGCUGUACAAGUCAGAGAGAAAGCGUCAGAGUUUUACGGAUGCAGAUUAAUCUAAAUCACGACGACGGAAGCGGCCGCUUUGUUUAUUUUUGUUACAAUCAGGAAGGUUUCAACCGCUGCCGUAGUGGAGCCGAGUUGUCUUAGAAUAUAGAAA